AUGGCACCAUACCCAGCGCAGCCCAUCAGAGGCAGAGAGCGGUACCGCGUCAUGAUGGACGUUCGCAAACUCGACGCCCAGAAUUGGCUCACCCUCGACAAGAACUAUAUGGACGAACACCAGGUCCGGUCCCAAUUGCUUCACGAAAAAAGAGAGGAGGUCCUGCGCUGUUUGCCGGAGUCAAUUGAUCCGUGUCAGGAGGCAUUGGAAGAAGUUUCAGACUUCCUCUGUGAAAGAUUCCCCAAUAUGUUUGAAAUGUCAAUCGAAGACGGCCGAAAGAUCGUCGACAAUCGCAUGACUGGUGACAAAUUCACUGUCAGCGGGCGCGACCCCAAUGAGGGAUCAACUGAGGCACUUGAAGCCGCUGUCCGUCUCACGAUGGAGGACCUCAGUAUUUUGAUGAUGAAUGAGGAAGGGGAAUUCUACCUGGCAGCUAGCGCCAGUCUCUUCCCGACGGGGUGGACAGUGAACCAGAGAAUUGGCUGGACCAUCUCUCAACUGCAUGGCCCUGUGCCAUUAUGGCACCAACAAGUCGCCAACUCUGUUAGCAAAUUCCUCGCCCGCUUAACCCCAAGAUCUCCAAUGGAACGGUCAAACUUCUUUGUAGAAGUCAAGGGACCAAAUGAGAACCUAACCGAGAUCCUCUACCGUCCUGGCUCCCUCUGCGAGAAAGAGCUGAGCAGCCCAUUGCCAUCAGAUAUCCUGAUCCGCCGCGAAAGGCAGACUUUCCGUCGUCUCCCGCGCACAGGGGCGAUCGUCUUCGGUGUCAAGACUUAUCUCACCCCGCUGGAUGAGCUUCCAAUGGCUGAGCUGGAUAAUCUUGCCAAGGAGAUGAAGAGUUGGCCUGAUCAUGUGGGUGAGUAUAAGGGGAGGAAUGUUUGGGGGGCUAAGGUUUUGGAAUACUACCGGAAACGGGUUGGUGAGAAAAAGACAUCGAACGAGGAGAAAGAUGAGAAAAUUGAGGUUUGA